AUGAGGCGCAUUCAGAUUAUCACGCUAGCGAAUAUUUUUGGUACUUAUGCCGUAUCCCCCCAAGAUAAUGGCAUGACUUCGAUCGUACAAAUACCUCUAAAUGGGCAGAGUGUGGGCGGUUUGACUUCUCCAGGUUUGCGCGGACCGGGGAGACCGGAAAAGGAUUUGGCGGCCAUUUCACUUGCGAAAGGGUUAACUGACGAACAAAUACUAUCCGAAAAGAACAACCAGCAAGAGAGGGAGGAAAUGAGUGCAGCUGCCAGAUCCGCCCAGCUGUCGUUGACGGAUACGGAUGCGAAAACGGUUGAGUCUGCCAAACGUGACUUGGAUCAGGCACGAAAAGAUUAUGACAGAGCUGACCACCGUUUGCGAGUGGAGUCUCAAAGGGAUCGUCAUGAGGAAACGAUGGCGAGGAAGGGAUCCACAAGGGCAAAGUUGAAGCACAAUAAGAUGUUGGAUCAAUUGGAGGACGAGGAUAAUGAAGUGAACGUGAUGGAUCAGCGUGUUAAGGGAGAGGAAAGGGAAGAGGCCAAUGAGCUAGCUGUGGAGAAGGCAGAAGGGUUAGAGGCGAAGGCCCGACAGAAGGCGGAAGGACUGACGGCAAUGGGUAAUCUGUCUGCUGCCGGCAAAAUACAACUCGCAGCGGACCUUGCGAAGAAGAUGCCGUCGAGCCCGGAGUCUGCUUUGCACGAGUUGCUCAACUGCUCCGAAAUCGUGGAGCCUGAAAGUCCCGAUGAAGUUGUCGAGGAAGAGCAUGCGGAGGACACUCUGAGUCACGUGGAUUGCGUGCCAGAUAUCGACGUGGGCAGUGUUCAGGACAUGUUGAAAAAGAAAGUGACCAGCUGA